GCAUUUGAAGAACCCCACACUGCUUUCAGCUUUCAUACUUUGCUUCCUCAAUAAACAAAAAGAAAAAAAAAUAAAGCCUAAAACGUCUGAGGAAGUUAGGCCAACGGUUAUAGUUCCUCACCCUCUUUUAAAAAAUUCACUUGAAAUCAAAGCAAAAGGGGCUGUUUGAUUAUUGGUCACCAUCUGAACCCAAACUUCACCUUCCUCGAUCUGUCAUGUUUGUUCAACCCCAUAACCUCUUUCUCUUCUUAUUUCCUCCCUUUUUAUUCCUACUUCCAUUCCUCUUUUCUCUAUUCUUAUCCAUUUUCUUAGAGAUUCUUGAAAUUAUGUAAUAGGUUCGAUUUGGGAAAUUUUUGCUGUGACAUGCUGCCAGGGAAUUUUCUUUGAAAAAUUCUAUAAUAAUCAUUGUCUCUCCAUCCACAUGCUAUAUGGUAUUAUUACUGAUGAUAUAUUACUUGAUAGCAGUAAGAAUUUGAAAGUUCUUGGAAAUUUCUCCUCGUUGACGAAUUUGUUAAAUACACCUCCUGGCUGAGGUACAAGUAUGUUUAGCUAAGCAGUGUCCGGAGUCGGCUCCAUGAUUUAAAUUUGACUGUUCAAUAUUUUUGUUCUUAUCACCGAACCCAUUACACUUUUUUUUACUGUAUAUCUAUAUUUCGUAUUGAAAAUACUGGUUUCAGUUGAACCUAUUGAUCUACAUACGCGUCAUCAUUCGCAAUGAAUAGCCGUUACUUCAUUACAACAGACUCGUUAUGUAGUUCUCGAGUUGUUGUUCCUUUCCCGACAAUUGCAACUGAAGUUGUGGGAGAAACAAUGGAUGUUAAUGUUAGAAACAUGUCUUUAUCAAGGACACCUCUUUCUUCAUUCUUGAUAAGAAUGACUAUUAGAAUAUCAAGAUCAAGGUGUUUCAGUUUCUUAAGGAGGGUGUUUCAUUACCAAAAUGGUUCAAGAUCAGAACUUGGUUCAAAUCCUUUUAAUUCUGUGAUUUGGAUGAUGAUGGAGUGCAUAGCUUUAAGUAUUCAGAUAAUUGUCAUAGCAUACACAUUGGCUAUUUCAAAGGAAGAAAGGCCAGUUUGGCCAAUGAGGAUUUGGGUAUUUGGAUAUUCUUUUGGAUGUGUACUUUGUCUGAUUCUGCUUUAUUGGCGCUAUUGGGCAUUAUAUAUCAGGCAAAGAGAUGAUAUUGAGCAGCAAAUAAACCAUGAUGAUGAAUCAAGGGCCUUGCCGCCUCUACUGGAGAGAUGUCGGACUUGUAUAGAAUUGUUCUUCGCCAUAUGGUUUGUAAUGGGAAAUGUUUGGGUGUUUGAUUCACGCUUUGGAUCAUUUCAUCGUGCUCCAAAACUUCAUGUCCUCUGCAUCUCACUGCUAGCUUGGAAUGCUAUCACUUACUCUUUCCCCUUCAUAUUGUUUGUAUUGUUAUGCUGUUGUGUGCCAAUUUUGAGUAGUCUUCUUGGCUAUAACAUGAACAUGGGAUCACUCGAUCGAGGCGCAUCUGAUGAACAACUCUCCAAUUUACCUAGCUGGAAAUACAAGGAAAUUGGAAAUAAACAGGAGUUUCAGACUUCAGCUAUAGAUAAUGAAAAUGCUGAAUGUUGUAUCUGUUUGGCCAAGUACAGAGACAAAGAAGAGAUGAGAGAGUUGCCUUGUUCUCAUAUAUUCCAUCUCAAAUGUGUGGAUCAAUGGCUCAGAAUUAUAUCUUGUUGUCCUCUCUGUAAACAAGAAUUAGAGAGGUAAAAAUUGCAAGAAAAGCUCAUGAUAGUACUACUGAUACUUCAUUUGUUUUUAUUUUAAUUUUCUUGCCCAAGUUUUAAAGAAAAGGUCAAUAUAAAUUGCAUGUAAAACAUAGUUACUAGAGUGAGCAAAAAGUUAUUGUAAAUUAUAGUUCACCAGUGACUAUGCUUCUUGGUGAGAGAGUAUUGAGAAGAAUCAAGAGAAGUUGAUGGCGCAAAAGUUGUUUCCUUUUUUUGGGAAGAUAUUAUUUAACUCUUCCAAAUAUCAUUAUGUAUCUCUUUCUGUAUUGACUACCAGUAUGAUGUUAAAUUCAAAAGCUUAGUAGAGGCUUCUUAAAGGAAAAUGGAAAUUAGUCAGCUUUGUCGA